AAUGUACUAUCACAUCAAACCAGAUACAUAUAAUAUACAAUGAACAGUUGUGCUGUGAACUCUUUUCACCGUCUAUCGUUGACGGUGACGGUUAUAUCUAUGUUGUGUCCUCAGCCUAUCAGUGAAGCAGACAGAGAGCACCGUCCGGAGAGAGAUGAAGCAACCAGGAAGUGAUCCAGCAGUGUGAUCGUUGCUCCUAGCAGCAGUGUGUGUAAUGAAACUACUGGACACCACCCUGGGAAAAGCGACCGGUCUCUUAGCUGCAGUAGUUGUUGUCAUUGCAGCGGUUCUGACUUAUCUCGACGACCCUGAUCCGGUUAAAUACAGCAGCAUGGCUGAGGACAUGAAGACUGUGGAGGAAAACUUCAGGCAGCAAAAUAAAAGCUGUUUCAUCCUCGGUGCCUCCGGGGAAACAGGCAAAUUGUUGCUUCAGGAGCUGAUGGGGCGCAACAUCUUCUCCAAGAUCACGCUCAUCGGAAGGAGACAGCUCACCUUUGAGGACAAAGCAUAUGAAAACCUGGUACAAGAGGUGGUGGACUUUGAGAAGCUUGAUGAUUAUGCUGCAGCCUUCCAGGGACAUGAUGUUGGCUACUGCUGCCUGGGAACAACCAAAGCGAAAGCAGGGACUGAAGGAUUCAUCCGCGUCGAUCAUGACUACGUUCUAAAGUCAGCAGAGCUCGCCAAGACAGGAGGCUGCACACAGUUCCACCUGGAGUCCUCCAGAGGAGCCGACAAAAACAGCAACUUCCUCUACCUCAAAGUCAAGGGACAAGUGGAAGCAGAGAUUGAGGCGCUGGGUCUUGACAGAUUUGCCAUUUACAGACCAGGGGUUUUGCUGGUAGAGAGGCAGGAGAGUCGGCCUGCUGAGUGGAUGGCCAGGAAAUUCUUCAAUGCCUUUUCUGCUGUGUGUUCUACGUCCAUGUCCAUCCCAAUCCAAGCGGUGGCUAAAGCGAUGGUGUCAAACACUCUGCUUCAACCUGAGCAGAAGACGGAGAUCCUUGAGAACAAAGACAUCGCCACUCUGGGAAAGAGUGCAGGGAAAUAAGAGAGAGAGAGAGCAAGAAAUAUACUGAGGUAAUUCCAGCAGCUGUACAGAGACGACUACAUACUGCAAACACUAUUCACAUCAUCAUCAUCAACAUCAUCAUCAUCAUGCCAAAGUACUGACUGUGGUGGGUUCUGCUAGAUUCUUUAUGGAGAAAACAACCUAAAAUAUCCAGAUCCAUAAAAUACUUAAUCAUUUAAUUGUAUCUGGGUUUAAUAUCUGUGGUCUUUCAUGAUAUUGUAAUAUUUUCAUCAGGGAACUAUUGUCUUGCUUUUUGAUGUGCAUCAUCUGUUCUCUGAGACAACGCACUGCCUUAAAAUAAAUGCUUGAGUUUUUAUUAAAUUAUAUUAAUUAUUUAACUGUGUGUGUGUUUGAUUUAGGAAAAUGUUUCCAUAAUGGCUGUAUCAAUAUUAAUAAUAUCUGGUGUCUACAUCUGUGCGGCAUAUAUUGCAUGCAUAUACAAAAUAUCUAUGCUAUGCUAUAGUACAGGUAAUAUAUAGUAUUUGUUCAUUUUAGAUUUAACGGUAUCUGUAACAUGCAGAUACAACGCUGAGUCGCCGACCAUUGAAGAUAUGAAGUGUUUUUAUAGUGAUACCAGGAAUGGAACAAUUUUGAAUAAACUUUGUCGAUAGUGAA